UUGCGACCAACCUCCAAUGUGCAAUCAGAAAAAAACUUCCUUUUAUUUCAGCUCACCCUACCAUCAGCUAAAGGUUACGUCUUUGUCGAACAAGAAGCAGACCCAGUGCUAUCCCUAUCCGGAUCCACCACCCUCAAUAUUGACCAGCAUUCCGUCAAAGUUGGAACCCCAAUGAUUUCCGACAUUCAAAUCACCGUCAGCCAACCGGAAAGCGACGGUAAAAUGAAGGAUGUGACCUCGUCACACAUGCUCGACUACUGCAAAGUGCAUCUGAAGCCGUCGAGAGACAUGGACUUGGAGUAUUUCUCCUCACCGGCAUCGCUGAUUGCCGCACUUCAAAUUGAUUUCGAGCACGACAAGGAGCACGAUGGUGGGGCUUCUUAG